AUUAGUUUCUGCAAAUUAAUUGAUAGCCAGCAAAAGCGAAAAUGUGUAAUCCGUGUUGCGGCCCUUGCGAUCCGUGCUCUCCCUGUUAUCCUUGCAGACCGUGCAAAAGCCGUGAGCUGAGAGGAGGAAAUCUAAUCAUGUCCUGCGAAUGUCUGAAGAGGAACGGUUUGCAGCACGAUUGUCCGCGAUGGGAGUGUCAGGCAAAACCCUGUUGCCUCACCAAACCGGAAGCUACGUGCUGUCCAUCGCUAUGGGCGCGGCGCUAUCGAUUCGUGACGAUGGGACGGAAGAGUAAGUUCGAGUGUCCGGCAUUGCAAACAGUGUCGACGGCUGGUGGUGGCUGCAAUCCGUGUCCUGUCGGACCGUGCUCAACUCCAUGCGAUCCGUGCUGUUUGCCGGCCGUGUGCAGUCCAGCCCCAUCUUACAACCCUUGUUGUGUUCCUGUGUGCGAUUCAAGCUAUCCGCCAGUUUGCAAACCAAUCUGCUUUGAAAACAAAACUCACAUCCAGAACAAUGAUCAGGAGUUGUAA